GGGACCCUGCUCGAGCUCCUGUCUCUGCUCCACCAUCCUCUGCCCCCGGCUACCAUCCGCGCCUCCGCCGCCGGCCGGCCGCUGCCCGGCUGAAUCCUCGAUCGAUGUGCCGCAACCACAAUACCGCCGGCCUUCUGCUGCGCGCUCCGCCGUUUCCCCCAGAUCCAGUAGGCCUCAACUUCCUGCUCUCCGGUUCUUCCCCCCCUCCUCCGAACAGUCCGAAGUGCUAGCUGCUGGCCGCACGACCGGACGUAGAGCCAAAAUUCACUGGCAGACCGAGUCGGGCGCAGGGUCUUAAGUGAAUGAAAGGGUGGGUUAAAAAACCAUGGCCAGCCCCCCUCAAGAAAUAUCGCCCGUAGGUUAACGCAGCCAAGCUUCUCCGAAGGGCGGCGUGUAUUCCAGCUGCAUGAGCUGUUUAUGCUACAAGCCUACAACUAGAAAUGCUGCUAUCUGAGGUGCCUUCCAUCUACCUAUGCCUUCUGCACUUCUUCAAGAUGCAUUGAGCUUUUAAUAGGUAUUGCUCACCAGUGUUCAUGAGCUUGUUACCUUCUUUGUUUUUUAGAAAAAAAAAGUGACCUUUGCAUACUUCACAUAGGAAUAGGAAGAAAGAAAUGAAUCUUGAGUCAAGAGUUCCGUCUAUUACACGCAAGCAUCAACAUGACCUUUCCAUCUCACAUAUAUACAGUUAGCUAGAAGUACUCAUUUGGUCCACUUAUAUUUUCCGUGAAGAAAAGCAACACAAUAAUGCCGACAAGGUUGAUCUUGCUGCCGUUUCUGCUGCUAGCAGCAGCAGCAGCAAUGGCUGCUUCCAGAGUUACUGCUGAAUCCAAUAACACAUCAGGCUGCCCUGAUAGCUGCAGCGGCAUAUCCAUCCAAUAUCCCUUCGGCAUCGGCACCGGCUGCUUCCGAAAUGGCUUCGAGAUCGUCUGCGACAAUGUAACGGGCAUGCCGGUGCUCGCCGGCACCACGAGGCCCGUCCCGGUGGACCUCCUGUCCAUCAAGACGGCGGAGGCCCGAGUGAUGCUGCCCGUCGCGUGGCAGUGCUUCAGCUCCGCAAAGACGGUGUACGACUCCAGCGAUGGCGACGUGAACUUCAACAGCGACGACGUGUACCGGAUUUCCAAUACCCACAACCAGCUCGUCGGCAUCGGCUGCAACACCCUGGGAUACACCCAGAGCCAGCGGAGCGAGGGCAACGGCUACUACCCCUACGCCUACUACACCGGGUGCCUGUCCUUCUGCAACAACUCCCAGAGCGCCACCGACGGCGCCUGCGCCGGCGUCGGGUGCUGCCACGUCGAGAUUCCGCCGGGCCUCACCAACAACAACAUGGGGUUUGAACUCUACAACCACUCGGAAGUCCUGGCUUUCAGCCCCUGCGACUACGUAUUCCUGGUGGACAAGGACAGCUACACCUUCCGCAAAGCUGACCUGAAGAUGGACACCAACACCAAGAUGCCGGUGUGGCUGGACUGGGCCAUCCGCGACAACCUCACGUGCGAACAGGCGAAGAAGAAGGAGAGCUAUGCUUGUAUGAGCACCAACAGUGAGUGCCUUGACUCUUCCAAUGGACCUGGCUACGUCUGCAACUGCAGCAAGGGCUAUCAAGGCAAUCCCUAUAUCGCCGAUGGUUGUACUGAUAUCAACGAGUGUGAUGAACAUAAUAAGGAGUAUCCAUGCCGAGGCGUUUGUGAGAAUACACCGGGUUCCUAUGAAUGCAAGUGCCCUAGAGGUACCCACAGUGCCGAUCCACUGAAUAUUCCCUGCAACCCCAAUUUUCCACUUGCAGCAAAAAUUGUCACAGGUGCAAUAGGUGGACUUUUCAUCGUAGCAAUCAUGGUGUUCAUCUUUCUUAUUGGCAAAGAGAAACGGAAGAUGAAAGAAUUCUUUAGAAAGAAUGGGGGGCCUAUAAUUGAAAAGGUCAAUAAAAUUAAGGUAUUCAAAAAGGUAGAGCUAGAGCCAAUACUAAAAACAAGUAAUCGUAUUGGACAAGGUGGCUUUAGUGAAGUUUACAAGGGGUAUCUUACAGAUGAAAUACAACCGGUGGCAAUCAAGAAGCCCAAGAUUGAUGUUAAAGUGGCAAACCAAUUUGCAAACGAAGUUAUCAUUCAAUCUCGAGUGUUGCAUAAGAAUAUUGUCAACCUCAUAGGUUGUUGCCUAGAGGUUGACGUCCCAAUUUUGGUCUAUGAGUAUGUGUCCAAUGGUAGCCUCGAUAAAAUUCUGCAUGACAACAACAGGCUGCCUCUUGACUUGGAUCUACGCCUACAGAUUGCUGCACAAUCAGCGAAGGGCCUAGCUUACAUGCAUUCAGAAAUCACAACACCAAUUCUCCACGGUGAUGUUAAACCAGCUAAUAUCCUUUUGGAUGAGGACUUUGUGCCAAAGAUCUCUGACUUUGGUACAUCUAGGAUGAUUGCCAUUGAAGAAAGUUACACAAGCACUAUCAUUGGUAACUUGGGCUACAUUGAUCCAGAAUAUGUGCAAACAGGCCUAUAUACGAGUAAAAGUGAUGUCUACAGUUUUGGAGUUGUGCUCUUAGAACUCAUUACAAGGAAGAAGAUCUUAGAUCCUGACAUCAAUAACUUGCUCGGGAAUUCCCUUGACACUUACACAAAGAAGAGGGGAGUGAUCGAGCUUGUUGACCCAGAAAUUUCAGCAAAAGGAACCAUUGGGAUUUUUCAUAGUUUGGCAGAUAUUAUUGUGCAAUGUCUAAAUCUUGAUGUUGAUCUAAGGCCAGAUAUGGCAGAUGUAGCAGAGCGUCUUCAAUUCCUAUUGAAGUGAU